AUGACCGACUCGACGAAGCCUGAACUCUACCCGCAAUACUGCUUCCACCUGUCACCAACCAUCAACCGUUGGUGCCAUUUCCGAAUCACCGAUAUCCGGGCUCUUAGAAGUCAUCCGGGAUUUCGAGGCCAGGAUGUCUAUUUCCACCUCAACCACCCAAUCAAAUGGGUGCGCAUCUCUGGUGUCGUAGUCGCCGUCGACGAGCACGAGAAAAUGCACAUCUACACGAUUGAUGACGGUAGCGGGGCGACUCUCGAAUGCAUCGUCAACGUCGCGCCUCGCGCAAGGCCCGGAAUGGCCACUGCGACGACGACGACGACGACGACGAAAUCCGACUCCAAAUCCGAAAAGGACCCACACCCUUUGCCGGUAGUCGACGCGCCCAUCGACGUGGGACACGUGCUGGAUAUCAAAGGGAGCGUCGGCGUGUUCCGCGAGAACAAGCAGAUCCGCGCAGAAAAGGUCGCCCACCUCCGCUCGACAGAGCAGGAGGUGGUCUUCUGGGAAAAGGUCACGCAACUCAAAACGGAUGUGCUGUCCAAGCCGUGGGUCUUGGACCGGCGAGAGGUGAGGAAGUGUAGGAAAGAGGAGGAGGGACGGACCAGCAGCAGCCGUCACCACCGGGCAACCCGUGAAUCACACAGCAGAAAGCGCGUGGUAAAAACCGGAUUGGAGAAGACAGAGAGGUCUCACCACGGAGAGGCACGGGCACGCCCUGUGGAAAGCGAAAGCAAGAUCAAGCAAGAGACGAAGCCGCUGGCGAUGCGACCGAAGAGGGCGACGGGGCUGGAGAAAAGGGUGCCGACUAAGCCUGUCACAAGGCUGAUUCCGGUGACGGGAAAUUACGACGCUUUGGGUCUCUGA